AUGGCGCGCUCCUACGGCCUACCAAAGGUCCACAAGCAGGGGGUACCGCUAUGCCCUAUCGUCUCCUUACGUGGUACUCCAAACUUUGGACUGUCAAAGUGGCUGUACCAGCGACUUUGUUUCCUUACCAAGGAUUCGGAGUGGACAGUGAAGUCAGCUGAAGAGUUCUUGACGCGCAUCAAACAUCUCGAAGUGGAGGCAGAUGAGGUGAUGUUGUCAUUUGACGUGAUCUCAUUAUUCACCUCCAUCCCACCCGCGCUGGCUAUCGACACAAUUGAUGACUUUCUCCGGGAAAAGUAUGAUGAAACCGACCAACAGCUCAAACGAGCACACAUCAUCGAGCUCCUAGAACUGCGUCUUAAGACCUUCUUUACAUUCAACGGCCAAGUCUACGAGCAAAAGAAGGGGACACCGAUGGGCUCGCCUCUGUCUGGACUAAUUGCCGAAGCAGUUUUGCAGAGACUCGAGCAGCAGGUCUGCAGCUGGUACCCCCCGAAGUUCUGGGCCAGAUACGUCGACGAAAUGUUCUUUGUAAUCAAGAGGAGCGAGGUGAAGGAUUUCAAGGCAUUGUUGAACUCAAUCUUUCGCGACAUUCAGUUUACUAUGGAAGAGGAAGUCAACAAUCAGUUCCCCUUCCUGGACGAACAAGUUACGAGAUUGACAGACGGGAAGAUAAGGACAACGGUUUACCGUAAGGCAACAAAUACCAGGCGCAUCCUCCACUUCCGAAGCAACCACCCUGUUGGUCAUAAACGCAGUUGUGUCAGAAUUCUCUCUCAACGUGUCCAAACACACUGUAGCGACGACAGUGGGAGGAAGGAGGUGGUGAAUUACUUGCAGGCCCUUUUUAAAGCCAACGGCUACCCGAAGUCCUUCAUACGCAAUUGCCUCAAAAAGCCUCAUUUUGAGCGGUCGAGUGGAGAAAAGCCCAAGUUCUGGCUCUCAAUACCGUAUGUGAAGAAAGUAUCAGAGGCAACGGCAAGAAUCCUGACACCUUUUGGGAUUGGCGUGGCUCAUAAACCAGAAUGCACCAUCAUACAGCAAAUCAUGAAGCCCAAAGACCCGCUACCAACAAAAGAACAGUCGGCGGUGGUCUACAGCAUAACAUGCCUAAAUUGCAAUGCGAGGUAUGUUGGUGAAACGGGCAAACGCCCCGGUACAAGAUUGCACGAACACCAACUUGGAAUCAACCGCAAGGACAAGCUGUCUUUGGUCUAUGGCCACAAGGAGAACUUAAACACGAUUUUGCCUUUGAGAAAGCGAGGGUAGUUGGUCGAGCCAAUGAGAAGAUGGCUAGACUGGUGCUCGAAAGUUGGUCCUCGGCUGGUAUACUCAACCGAGCUAUAGAUCUACACCCCGCCUACCAAGCGCUGCAUACACGGCUCGGAUCAGUCCGGACAGGACCAGUAAGGCAAGCGAGCACGCGGGACCAAGAGUCAACGCUCACGGAAACGAGCGCAAUUGGGGGCCAGAGGUCAUGUGACCAAAGCCGAACACUGUCUCCCCGAUGCGACCGCGAAGCUGAAUGCUGCUCACCUGAACAGCAACGACCGAUCAGUCCACCGGCUGACGUGGGAGAGGCCAAGCGGCACGCUGAUUUAACCACAAUUACGCCGACCCCAAAGGGAACAAAGGUCACGCAGGCCUGUCAGCCGUCAGCCCCGGGGAGGUCUAAGCCAGUCAGCAGCAGAGGCAGGUCAAAGUUCGUGCGUCAAGCAUGGCUAUAAUACGAGGCAAGCGGCAAGACAGAAUAACUCAAGACCGGAAAGUGCAACAAUUACGCUACUCUGAUGAUGGAAACGAGGAAGUUUCCAAAACGUCAGUUCGAAUACAAUAUGGUCCAUGGAUUCGCCCUCUCUUCUUCUUCGUCUUCUUCGGGAGAUGUUGAACGCGAUAUAUAUAUAUAUAUAUAUAUAUAUAUAUAAUACAUGAGCAGCUCGCUAAGGGUGCAACAGGCCAGACGCGGACAGCUGUUUCACGGUCGUUACCGAUCAUCAGUACGUCAUAGGCCUUAUGAAGUGAGGUAUAUAAGCAUGUCAAGUGGGCGUUUGACCCUCACUGUUGUGGUUAGGAUCUCACUCGAUCCCAUUCUGCCCGCCCGCCAGCUUGCUACUGGCGACAACGAACGCUGUGUCAGAGGACACAUACCACAUAUAAUACAUGAGCAGCUCGCUAAGAGUGCAAGUGACGUACUGAUGAUCGAUAACGACCGUGAAACAACUGUCUGCGUCUGGCCUGUUGCACUCUUAGCGAGCUGCUCAUGUAUUAUAUGUGGUAUGUGUCCUCUGACACAGCGUUCGUUGUCGCCAGUAGCAAGCUGAGGGGCGGACAGAAUGAGAUCGAGUGAGAUCCUAACCACAACAGUGAGGGUCAAACGCCCACUUGGCAUGCAUAUAUAUAUAUAUUUAUGACAGUGGGCGUUCGCCGAUCAGGUUACCGAACACGCUCGUUCCAUUGUGCCUUGGGGCUCAUACUAGAACCCUCGCAGGCAGUCGCACAGCGACUAGUAGAAUGAUGUAAAUCAGGUGGUACCGACAAAGACAAGGGAGACCGGAAUGGCCAUUUCUGGCUUAUUAGCCGUCAUCAGCCAGUCAUACCCAACCCCAAGUGUGGAUCACUUGAGAUUCGAACCCGGGAUCUUUGGUCAUGGAGUUCGACGCUGAACCAUUGAGCCACGAGCCCGUUGUCCUGUCUAUGUCUACUACUAGUCGCUGUGCGACUACGUGCGAGGGUUCGGGUAUGAGCCCCAAGGCACAACGGAACGAGCAUGUUCCGUAACCUGAUCGGCGAGCGCCCACUGUCAUAAUUAAUAUUCUUGAUCACAACCGACAGGACAACGGGCCCGUGGCUCAAUGGUUGAGCGUCAAACUCCAUGAGCAAAGAUCCUGGGUUCGAAUCUCAAGUGAUCCACACUAGGGGUUGGGUAUGACUGGCUGAUGACGGCUAAUAAGCCAGAAAUGGUCAUUCCAGUCUCCAUUGUCUUUGUCGGUAUCAUCUCAUAUGUAUAUAUAUAUUGCUAAUAGAAGCGAAAAUGCGCGUCCCCGGACAUAAGUGAGCAGAACAGGCGAUCUCAGGAACCAUUGCUUUACUGUCCUGACGUUUCAAAAGCAUACAAGCUUCCAUCGUCGUAGGUGAGUGUGGUAUCGCACCUCACAUUAUUUAUAGAUGGGUGAAAGUCAUGUCAAAACGGGUUUUCUUACAUAUGAAGUCAGGGCGGCUGGGGGGAAGGGGCAGGGGGGAAGGGGCAGGGGGAGUCCUAGAGCGUCUUUACUCCGGAUGAGUGGGUGGUGGAUCAGCUUUAGUGGUCAUCAGCCGCAUGAACACAUGAACUGUGGCGGCCGGGGGAGGGGGGUGAGGGAGGGAGGGUGACGGAAUGUACUCAAUCUACAUCGGAGGCCGGCGUUGAGACGUUGGUGGUCGUCGUUCGUACCUUCAUUGAGCGUACGCGCAUCUUCGCUUCUAUUAGCAAUAUUUUCGGGCGCGAAGCGCUUGAGUCUGCACGACGCUGGGAAAUAUUCUCCCUUCGUGUGUCUUCUACGUACGCGCAAAUACAAUUCCUCCACAGAUGCCUUGACAAUCAUGUGCUUCCGAAGAGCCUGUCGUACAGGCCACCGGUUAACACAAGUCUGGCUACAUGGUGGGUGGCUGAACAUGGCAGACGAAUGAUUCGGGCGCUUCUCCAAGAUUGUCAUCUUCGACUGCGUAAAUACAACAGGGUUUUGAACCAGGCGGUACCAAAAUGCGUCGAACUCAUCGUUGAUGACGGAGUCGCGCAGUUGCAACAAGUGAUUAUUAAACGGGCCCGGAACCUGCGAGCAAUGAGAGAUGCCGAGCUAGCGGUCAAGCUCCAAAGCAUAAGCAAAUAAUCUCAAGGGGAGAACGAAGUCCUGGUGCACAAUAUGUCCUCUAAGCAGUUGACUCCUGCACAAACGAAAGUGCUGAGUCAUGAGGCUUGCUUCAAUACCACAGACGCCGAUCCAGUCAAUCUCAUGGCCACGGUAGAGUCGAUUCUCAAACAACCCGGGAAUCCGAUGAAACAAAGCAUAUCAUUCGACAGCAGGUAGCCUCCUUGGCGAUGUCACACAAACCGCGUGCAAAUAUUACCAAGGCCGAGCAGAGCGCUCUCAAGACACUGAGGGCUGACACCAGCAUCGUGAUUCUACCUCCAGACAAAGGGCGUUCCACAGUUGUGAUGGAUAAGGCAGACUACAUUCAGAAGGCCAAUGCCCUACUAGAGGACCGACAGGCGUACCUACCAUUUAACGAUGAACCUAUGAGGAGGCUGGUGACGCAACUGGACAAGACACUCGCCGAUAUGCAAACGAGCAAGACAAUAAGUAAAUCGGUACGACUUGCCAUUAAGCCAGUAGACGCGGCCGCACCAAGGUUCUACGGACUACCAAAGGUACACAAAGCCGGGGUCCCCCUCCGGCCAAUCGUAUCAUUGCGCGGCGCACCUACAUUUAAUUUGGCCAAAUGGCUGUUCCGAAACCUGAGGUCUCUCACCUCGGACGCGGGCACGACGGUCUGUUCAGCGACUCAGUUCCUGGAGCGGAUCAAAGGGAUGAGACUUACCGAAGACGAGCUCAUGGUGUCAUUCGACGUCACCUCUCUUUUCACCUCGAUCCCGCAAGACCUGACAAUCAAAACGGUCAGCGAGCUGCUCGAGAGUCAGUACGACGAGACGGACGUGACGGUAAAAAGGAGACAUCUCGUCCAAUUGCUGAGAUUCUGCCUGAAGACGUACUUUACCUUUGAAGGCACGACCUACGAGCAGGUCAAGGGGACGCCAAUGGGAUCGCCGCUCUCGGGCUUCAUCGCAGAGGCAGUUCUCCAAAAAAGUAGAGACCCUCGUUUUCUCAACCUAUAA